CCAGCAGCUAGCUUAUAUCGGUCCCUUUUGUCACAUUGUUACCUAUCUUCAUCCAGAGAAGCAAGAGAAGCAAAAAAAGGAAGGAAGAAAAUGGCGCAAUCGACGGUUGGAAGGAACGUAGCAGCUCCAUUGAUGUUCCUGAACUUGGUCAUGUACGCAAUCGUGUUGGGUUUCGCUAGCUGGUGCUUGAAUCGCUACAUCAACGGCCAGACUUACCAUCCCAGCUUCGGCGGGAACGGGGCGACGGGGUUCUUCCUGACGUUCGCGACGCUGGCGGCGGUGCUGGGCAUAGUGUCGAAGGUCCUGGGCGGGAACCACAUCAGGACGUGGAGGAACGACAGCCUGGCGGCGGCUGCUUCGACGGCGAUCCUGGCGUGGGCGGUGACGAUGCUGGCGUUCGGGCUGGCGUGCAAGCAGAUAAACGUGGGAGGGCACAGAGGAUGGAGGCUGAGGGUGCUGGAGGCGUUCGUCAUCAUACUGGGCGUGACGCAGGGUCUGUACGUGAUGCUGCUGCACGCCGGGAUGUUCAGCAGCAGGUACGGGCCGGGGUACAGGGACGAUUACGUCGGCGGCGGCGGUGGAGCCGAGAUGCCGAAGGGGACCGGUGCUGCCGGUAUGGCCGGGGCGAGGGUUUGAUGUCGUCCAAGGUGACACACCAAUGUGUUUCUCAAAGAGACAUUAGUCUCUGGCUACUCUUUUUUAUCUGUAGAAUGACUUGAUUUUCA